UGGAAUUGUUUGGCGAAGUUGAUUUCUUCAAUCAAACGUCUAUUUAAGCAUCCGAUUUCACUCAUUUUUCUGCCUCUUUGUUUACUGGGUUGUAUUUUACAGCUUCUCUAAUGGCCGUUUCCUCUCUGCCUAAACCUUCCACCACUGCCAUAAACUACCUUUCUCCCAAAUACCCAUCUCGUUUUUCAACCAAAAACCCCACCUUCAUCAAUUUUUCCACUUUCCAUUCCGUAUUUCAAUCGAAAUGGAGGAGUCAGCUGGGGUUUGAUUGUGUACGAGUGGCCGGAGACAGAAGGGGGUCGGCGGUGGUUCGGUGCACGGCGGAGGGGAUAGAAAGAAGCAUUCCGUUUGGUCGAAGAUCAAUUGGAUCCACUGCUGAAGACAGAGCUGCCGCUGCCGCCGGAGUUGCAUUCGGCUUGCCGGAGAGGUUUAAAGUGGUUGCAUUAACAGCAUUCGUUAUGUGUCUUUGUAAUGCUGAUAGAGUUGUUAUGUCGGUUGCGAUUGUUCCUCUUGCCGCCAAGUAUGGUUGGUCUAGUUCUUUCCUCGGCAUCGUUCAGUCAUCGUUUCUAUGGGGAUACAUAUUCUCGUCGGUGGUUGGUGGAGCGUUGGUUGACAGAUAUGGAGGAAAACGAGUGAUGGCUUGGGGAGUGGCCCUUUGGUCUCUUGCUACUCUUCUUACUCCUUUGGCGGCCAACCACUCAACAACCAGUCUCUUGGCUAUUCGUGCUUUCUUUGGACUUGCUGAAGGUGUUGCUUUGCCAUCCAUGAGCACCCUCUUGUCAAGGUGGUUUCCUGGCCAUGAACGAGCAAGUGCAGUUGGGAUGUCAAUGGCUGGUUUUCAUCUUGGCAAUGUUAUAGGAUUGUUAUUAACCCCCAUCAUGCUAUCGUCCAUUGGCGUCACCGGCCCCUUCUUGCUGUUCUCCUCACUUGGGCUUGUCUGGUUGACGUCUUGGAUUCCGGGAGUCACGAAUAACCCCAGAGAUAGUCAAAAUAUCAGCACAUCAGAGUUGAGAUUAAUCGAAGCUGGGAAAGUCGAUUCUUCUCGUCAUAAUGCCACACAUCUACCUCUUAGCCGCCUUCUAUCCAAGUUGCCAACAUGGGCUAUUAUAUUUGCCAAUAUGACUAAUAAUUGGGGGUAUUUUGUUCUUCUCUCAUGGAUGCCAGUUUACUUCAAGACUGUGUUUAAUGUGAACUUGAAACAAGCAGCAUGGUUUAGCGCCAUUCCAUGGGGAACAAUGGCGGUCUCUGGCUACUUUGCGGGCACUAUGUCCGAUGCUCUAAUUAAAUCAGGGUACCCUGUAACAUUAGUCCGGAAAAUAAUGCAGUCAAUCGGCUUCAUCGGACCCGGAUUAGGAUUACUUUGUUUGAAUUUUGCGACCACACCAACAGUUGCAGCAGUUUUGAUGACAGUAGCAUUGAGCUUGAGCUCAUUCAGCCAAGCUGGCUUUCUUCUAAAUAUGCAGGACAUAGCUCCUCAACAUGCAGGCUUUCUCCACGGAAUCUCAAACUCAGCAGGAACAUUAGCAGCAAUUGUGAGCACAAUUGGAACAGGGUAUUUUGUAGAGUGGCUUGGUUCUUUCCAAGCAUUCUUGACUGUUACAGCAAUGGUUUACUUCAUGGCAGCUAUUUUCUGGAAUCUGUUUGCUACAGGGGAGCAAGUCUUUUAGGAGCCAUCAGUUCAAAAUGAACCAUAUUUUUAGCUGCUGAAACCUGUGUGGAAUGGGAAGAGGAUAGAUUAAUGUGGAUUGAUCCAUUUUGAUAUAUAUUUUUUCUUUUAUAAGUUAGAAUUAAGUUGUUUAUUCUUUUUUCCUGGGGUUAAUGUAGCCCAUCUUUUUGUUUUUGUUUUUUUCUUUCCUUUUAAUAUAUAUAAAAAGUAAGUGUAUUUUACUCACAUUGUAAGUAAAAAUUAAUUGAAUGUAUAUGUAAAUAAAAUAGUAUACUCCAUGAAGAUUUGAAACUACUGUUAUUUUUGUGAC